GCCUCACAACAGAGAGGAGGACCGGGGAAGAAACACCGACACUCGGCACCGGAGGAACCUGAUUUUACCGGUAGUUUCCCCGGAGAAGGACGCACUUAUUUCCCGGGACCUCCUGGAUAUAUCCGUGCGUAAAAAAAAAAAGGGGGAGUGUUCUGAUCCAGAAGGGUUUAUUAUCACCGACACAUUGGGAGGAGGACUGUGGAAAUGGAUGAGAGCGCGUGAGGGGAAUAACGAAUGCGUCCCGGGGAUUAAUCCUUUUAUUUCCAGGGACCGUGGAUUUAGAAACAAAACAAAAAAAGGCAGCAGAUAUUGAAAACUGCCAAAAAAUGGGCAACAGCUUCUCCAAUAUCUCCGCCUUCCAGUCGCUGCACAUCGUCAUGCUGGGGCUGGACUCUGCGGGGAAAACCACCGUGCUCUACCGGCUCAAAUUCAACGAGUUCGUGAACACCGUGCCCACAAUCGGUUUCAACACGGAGAAAAUCAAGCUGAGUAACGGCACUGCGAAGGGUAUCAGCUGCCAUUUCUGGGAUGUUGGAGGUCAGGAGAAACUGAGACCACUUUGGAAAUCUUACAGUCGGUGCACGGACGGUAUCAUUUACGUGGUGGAUUCUGUGGAUGUGGACCGGCUGGAGGAGGCCAAAACCGAACUGCACAAAGUCACAAAGUUCUCUGAGAACCAGGGAACUCCUCUGCUGGUUAUCGCCAACAAACAGGAUCUCCCCAAGUCUUUGUUGGUGGAGGAGAUCGAGAAGCAUCUGGCCCUCAAGGAGCUGAGCCCCGCGACACCUUAUCAUGUCCAACCUGCAUGCGCCAUCAUAGGAGAGGGGCUGCACGAGGGCAUGGACACUCUGUAUGAGAUGAUCCUGAAGAGGAGGAAGUCUCUGAAGCAGAAGAAGAAGCGGUAACAGCUGCUGGGGCUGGGUUCAGUCCAAAAAGUCAGAUUUCUGCAGAUUAAAGUCAGAUUUUUAAAGUCACAACAAACUGUAGGAGAUGAUCCUGAAGGAAGUCUCUGAAGCAGAAGAAGAAGCAGCAGCUGAUACUCGGACUGUUUGGCCACAGGUUUACUUUGCAGUGAUUCGUUUUGGAUUAAAGCUGUGAACGUUUCUGCACACAGGAGAUACAAAUACAACCAAAAAGACAGAAACACUUGUUCAGUUCAGCGUGGAGGAAUACGGGAGAGGACCAGGGCCACGUGAGGGGAAUAAUGUCUGGGAUGUGUGAAGAAAAAACAAUGUUGGGUUCUGAUUUUAAUCCUCGAGUUCUGGGAUUGAAUUAAGAAUUGACAGAAUUUCUGAGAUUUCAAAUACAUUUUUUUGUUUUUUUAAGAAUUCUGAGAUUAAGGUAAUAUUUCAAAAAAAGGAAAGAAAUCUUUAAAAAAGUUCGAAUUCUGAGAAAAAAUGUACAAUUCCCAAAAAAGACAGAAUUCUGAGAUUGAAGUCCUAAUUGUGAGAACAAAUAUAUAUAUUUAUUUCUGACAUUUAUCCCAAAGUUUUCUAAUUUUAUUAACAUAUUUCAGACUUUGUUUCAAUUCUGACCUUUUUUUGGAAUUCUGAGAUUUAAGUCAGAAUUCCCCCAAAAAGGCAGAAUUCCCCAAAAAGGCAGAAUUCCCAUGAAAGACAACAGAUUUCUGAGAUUUAAGUCCUAAUUGCGAGAAAGAAAAAAAUAUAUUUGUGACUUUUUUUCCCGAAGUUUUGUGAUUUUUUUAACAGAUUUCAGACGUUUUGUUUUGAUUUUGUUUUUGGUACUCUGACCUUUCCCAGAAUUCUGUCUUAAAUGUCAAACAUCCCCAAAUCCUUCCCCACGUUGCCCUAACCCUCGUCCGUAGAGAGAGAGGAGCGGCUGGCCCGUCUACCUGCUGCUUUCAUGCUUUAAACCACAGAAGAAGAAGAAGCUCCCUUCAUGGCAUUUUGAUUUGGUUUUGCACGUGGCUUCGAGUCACUCUGUUAUUUCUUCUGGAGAAUCUGUGAGUCACGCCGACUGUUUGUAUUCCUGUGGGAGCGUUGAAGUCUCGUUCCUCUGCAGGAGGACGGAGGACAGAGUCGACCACUUUGCACUUUUCAUUUCCUACACCUCACAGACACUGUAUGGAGAGACAGAGGGGCAGAUCCAGGUGCUUUGUGUAUACUAAAGAAGCCAAAAUUGAAGUAUUUUUUGAAUAUUAAAAGAUGUAAAAAUCCA